AUGCCCGUCGCCGCUUCAAUUGGCCGCGCGGACGCGGACGACGCUUGCGUGGAUCAGGACGACGCUUGCGUGGAUCAGGAGAACCGCAGGCACUCGUCUCAGCCGAGGCUCUCUUUACCGAAGUCUCCGCCGCCGCCUGCAACACAGCCUUCGACCCAGCCAAAGUGGCUGUCCGAGAGGGCGCUACAGCUGCUUCGCGACUCGGCUGCCGCAGCCUCAAAGCCGGAGUCUGACGACUCCGAGUGCGGCGAGCCCUUCAGUGAGAUCGACGAGACUCCGCCCGCUGCUGGCGCAGCCGCAGCCGCCCACGCCGCCGCGCCGGGGGCGGAGUCGCUCGUGGACGAUGACGAGCCAUGUUCGUACCCCCUCGCGCGGUGCGCUGCCGCUGCAGUGGGCAGCCAGCCCGGCAGAGCGGUGUCCUUUGCGCUGGCCGUCGCGGUUCUUGGAUCCUUCCUCGGCGCGAUAGCUGCGGAUAGAUUCUUCGGAGCGGACGGAGCAGCCGGCUCCUGCGGCGAUGAGGCGCACGAGACCGAGCCGUCGCUCUGGCACUCUCUGGUCGCUCUACCCCUCUCUGGUCUCGCGGCGGUGCUCGGCCGCUACUCGAGGUGA